UUUACGACAUACUGACGUCAUGAAAAGCCGUUUUGCGAUACGAAUCUGGAACUUGGCAACAACAGAAACGCGGAAGUUUCAGUUUUCACAACACAAGGUUUUUCUGCCAAUUAUCAUCGGUCAAGGGGCUCUAACGAUGACUGAAGUGGACCCGCUGGCGAUCGAGAUCAUCGAGGAGGGUCUUGACCUGGAUCAGAAGAGUUUGCCUCCGCCGUCAGGUGUUUGGGAACAUGAAGAACUAGCUCAGGUGAAAGUGAAGGUGAUGAGGGGACACACCGACUGUGUGAACAGGUGUAAGCUGUGCUGUCAGGACCAGAAAAUCUUUACGGUAUCAAAUGACAAGACUGCCAAAAUAUGGAAUAUUGACACUGGUGCAGUUCUGAAGACUUACAACUGUCAUGACAUGUAUAUCACAUCAGGGGAUGUUAGUCCAGACAAUACAAGGUUUCUAACAUGUUCAUGGGACAAGACUUUGAGACUGUGGGACACAGAGACAGGAAGCAUGUUGUGGCAGGGCAGACAUGACGGCAUUUUGACGUGCUGUCGCUUCUCAAACAACGGCAAAAUGGUGGUGUCUGGUUCUGACCUGGACCAUUCUGUCAGUGUGUGGCACACUGGAGAGGGAACACUACUGCACCAUUUAAAAGACCAGCACAAGAGCACCAUCACAUCCUGUUCAUUCACUCCUAAUGACGAGAGGAUCUGCACCACUUCCAUGGACAAGUCCACCAAGCUGUGGGACCUGGAGUCAAAGAGGACAACUGUCAAGUUAGAAGGUCACAUCAAUGUCAUCUCGUCCUGCUGUAUGGACAGGAACGAGCGAUGGCUCUGCACGGCAUCCUGGGAUAAAACCCUGCAGGUGUGGGACAUCUCCACAGGCAUGUUCAGAUCUCAAGGACCGGUUACCCUGUCAAAAGGACAUGAGGGCUCUGUCAGCUGUUGUAACUUCACCAGAGAUGGAACAUUGCUUGUAUCAGGGUCCUAUGACCAGACAGUGACCCUGUGGGACAUGGAGACCUGCAUGCACAAACUCUCACUCAAGGGCCACUCUGAUUGGGUGACAGACUGCAGCUUUAGCGAGGACCAGAAAUGGGUCAUCUCCUGUUCAAAGGAUAAGACUAUGAGAUUGUGGAACAUUGAAGACACAGACCACAUUCCAUUUGUUCUGGAACAGAGGAGGGCCAUUGGACUAAAGAUGGUUAAUUGUGAACAGUGCGGGAAGGCCUUCUCCAUCGCCCAGCUGGAGGAUGCACGUGAGCUGUCCCUGUGUGUGUUCUGUCGUCUGGCCCAGCCCAACAGGAACGUCCCAGCGUUGGAUGACGUCUGACAUCCACCCUCCUAUAGGAACUCUUUAGCAGCAGAUUGGACAAAAAUAUCACUGCCUGUCCUGUUAAAUACUGCUGAAACUUUUGUACAAUUCUAUUACUUAUUACUAAACGGUACUGGAUGAUGACCUACAUUUUUUAUGUAACUUUAUAAAGAGAAAUGUGACUUUGUAAAGAGAGUAAUUUUAUAUUUGUGUGUAGUAGAAUUACUUUCCUGCAACAAAAAAGAAUAACUUGCACAUGAUUCCUAGAUCCCAAAUGCUAUUGUGAAAAAGUAUACAUGUGUACAUAGCAUAUACUAGACAUGCAUGUAGCAGGUUUAUAAUGCAGUUUUAUAUAUGACAGGGUUGAAUAAGAGUUAGCUAUGUGACAGAAAAUACAAAAAAAUAAAGAUUCCCACCAAUGCC